AUGCAAAAGGCAAUGAAAAGCGCAGAAUAUAUAAAAGCUAAUAAUGACUGGUUAGAUGCCCAAGCCAACGCUAAAGCAGCCCAGCUUAUAGGGUCAAUAAGGACAAAAAUACAAGCGGAUGAAGACAGUUCAAAUGAAGCUUUAACGAAUGCUGACUUUAAGAACGCCUUCGAAGCUCUUCAUAGUAAGGUGAAACAAGUGAACGACUUCUCAUCUGGAAAGAAACUGAAGUCUGAAGGUUUCGACAACGAGUUAAGAGAAGUAGCACAAAAUAUGACGAAAAUAACAGAUGCAGCAACGAGACAGGCAGUUCAAAGUGCCUAUGACGCCGUUAGAGCAACUGUUGUGAAAAGUCAAGAAAAAGAGUUACAACAGACCAAAACAGACCUAGUAAAUGCUUUCUUAAAAACGAAAAGUCAGGUAGGACAUUACGCUGCAGAUGGAACAUAUGUGCCAGCUGGUGGAACUUAUAUACCACCAAACCCUCCAAGAGAAGCACCUGCACCAGGACUACCUAGAACAUUUACAUCGUCACAUGGACACAGACACAGGCAUGCACAACAACCAGCACAACAACCACCUCCACAACCAGCACAACAACCAACACAACAACCAGCACAACAACCAACAGUUCAAAAUCCAGCACAACAACAACCACAAACAGAGCAAGGACAUAAAAGAAGUAGAGAACAAGGAAACCAAGAAUUCUUAAAAAUGCUUAAAGAAGAGUGUGGUUUCCCAGAUAGUAUUGACUUUAGUGACAGAUAUAAAGAAGCUAUUGGAAAGUUCAAGGAUGGAAAUACUGACCCGAACCUAUUUAGCUUUAUGGCUCAGCACCAAAACGGAUAUAAUCUCAAACCUGGAAAAUACAAGCUCGCUAAGGGAUAUGAUUUAAUAGCAUAUCAUCCAAAUGACAUGGAUGAAUUUACUCCGAGAUAUUUGAUGUCAGAGCUAAAUGACAAUUCAACUUUCGUCAUGAAACGCGUAAAAAAUAGAGACGGAACGAAAGAACAAAAGCUUAUGAAUGCGGAUGACGUAGAUAGGGAAAUUGUUGAAAACG